AUGCGCGUCUGCAAACGGGGAGCCACUGAACACGACGAUGAAGGGCUGGUUGUCACUGCGUGUGGUAAGGCACGCGCAGAGAAACUCACAGAUGUAUACUACGCUGCGGAGGACGACAAGCGGGUGGUCGCCGCCAAGACCGACGAGUCUGUGGCAUUCGACCAUGAACUGCUUAGGAAUAUGUUGGUGUGGCGAGGCUCCGUGGAUACGUGGAGCAAGGGCACGCUCCUGGAGUUCCACAAGCGCCUUGGGCACCUCACUUUCGGCGCGAUAGAGCGUCUGGUGUGUGAUUGGAGCUCCGGCAUCGAGCUGACUGAUCACAAGCGAGCGUGUGAACUGCUUAACCUGUGCUCAGGGUAUGCCGACAAAGAACAUCAAGUGUCUAAAGACAUGGGAGAGCACUUCCCAAUCGACAAGGGAUAUUUAUCUCUAGGGACCACAUUAACGCGAGAAUUUAUCACCAAGGACCACAACUGA